UUUUAGGCACUCAAAUCCGAAUCAAUCCAACUUGAGCUGAAAAGUUGCUCGCGUUGGGGAGCCCUUGGUGUGACCGCUAUGUCUUACUUGGUCACGAAAACUGUUUCACAUAAGUUUCAAGUGUGCAGCCUUUAUAAGAGAGCCCUCAGAGCGGUAGAAGCAUGGGCCGUUGAGCGAGACGAAUUCAGGAUGGAUGCGGUGAGAUUGCGCCAGCGGUUUGAGACUUACCGUCAUAUCAAAGACCUGAGAAUUGCCAAGGAGAUACUCGAGAAAGGAGAAGAGGAACUGUUUCAGUAUGAGCACCCUUAUCCGUUGCACUAUGCUUUGGCCCCACAAGGUGUUGCUUACGGACGAGAGCAGCCUUCACCGGACUGGGUCCUUGACUACUGGCACCCCCUUGAAAAGGCCCAGUUUCCAGAAUACUUUGCAAAAAGAGAGCUGAGGAAGAAGGAGUAUGUUGAAAACUGGGAGAAGAAGUACGGGAAGCCAGUGGCGGACACUGCUCACCACUGAGCAGUCACUCGGGACAUAUAGUGCAGUCUGAGUAAUAAAUUGUAUGGUCAAUA